UUUUGAGGGAGGAGUUGUAGAGGCUGAUCAGAUGGCAUCCUCUGCAUUGUUGGUGUUGCUGGUCCUUCAGUUUGGACUUGGACAAAGCUCUCAUAAACAUCUCCAUGAAGAUCAUUACACCGGCGAGCAGCACAACCCUGAACAUGACAUGAACAUCCUGCUGGGAGAUGAGGACACUGAGGAGAUAAAGAAACUCAGCCCAGCAGAGCAGAGGAAGAAGAUCUUGGAGAUUGUAAAGAAGAUUGAUACAAAUGCUGACAGUCUGCUAAGUGCAGAGGAGGUCACGUUAUGGAUUCAGCACGUUUACAGAAAUUAUGCUCUGGAUGACGCAAAAGAGCGGUUUCCUGAGUUUGACACUGACAAAGAUGGUGUUGUAACGUGGCAGGAGUACAACACAGUUGCUCACGACCAGCUCUUUAGUUUUGAUGACGUUGCUGUUCUUGAUGAUCCAGAGCAAGAGUCUCUCAGACAUCUCCAUCUAAAGGAGAAGAGGCGCUUUGACUUUGCUGAUGUUGAUGGCUCAUCUGGGCUGAAUGUGACAGAGUUUCUUGCCUUCACACACCCAUCCGAGGUGGAUCACAUGGCUGAUUUUGCCAUUGAAGAUGUGUUGAAUGAAUACGACACAGACAAAGAUGGAUUUAUCAGUCUAAGUGAAUUUAUUGGAGAUGUUCGCGGUGAAGAGGAUUCCCCUUCACAAUGGGAGAUUGAAGAAACCGUGCGGUUUAAAGACCUCUAUGAUCAAGAUAAGGAUGGCAAGUUGAAUCGGGAGGAGCAACUUCGCUGGGUUGCACCUAACAGCUACGGUUCGGCUAGAGAAGAGGCUCUUCAUCUCCUCAAGGAAAUGGACCACGAUGGUGAUGGGCAGAUCUCAGAGUCUGAAGUUUUGAAAAAUCAAGAAACAUUCAUGAACAGUGAAGUGACAGACUACGGCAGGCAGCUGCAUGUAUCCACACAUGAUGAAUUGUAGCGAGACUAUAUGUUGUGAAUAGUUAUCAUGAAGAUGUAAUGUAGUUUAUUUCCUGUGGGGCACCUGAGAUUAUCUGGCUGUGAUCAGUGUCAAUGACAUUAUAUAUUUUGGGUUUACUUGUCCUUUCACUUGUGCCAAAAGUGAACUGACAUGAGGCCAGUUGUUGUAACUGCUGACAUGUUGCAGCUCUUCCUCAUUUAAAUCAAAUGAGUAAGUGAGUGAGUGUUGCUGUUUGAAGGCUGGUUUCCUGAAUGUGCCGUGAUCCGUGUCACUUGCAGCAAGCAGCAACCUGCUAACACGGCUGCUUUUUAGAAAGUGACUUCAAGUUGAGCGGAUUAGUUCAACGGGGACUAUUUUUUACCAGCUGCAAAGAUGACCUUACAAUUUAAAGAUGCCUUUUGGGUGAGUUAGAGUUAUGCAACUAAUUCUUACUUUUUUUGGGGGACGUUUGUACUGAAGCUGAAACUUGUGAAGCUGUGAAGUCACCAGUGUAUUCAACAUUUUCGCUUUUGAACUCAUGUAUGUCGUGUGCCUUUGCACUUAUACUGUAUUUAUGCUUUUCAUUUUGUCUGGAUAAUAUCUACUGACUACAGUUAGACACUUUAGAGACUCUACAUAGACUUUGUCCUGUCUUUAGACCUCGAAUCUGGUUUGCUUUUCUGUUUCUCAUUGUGAAACUCACUGAAUGUGUACUAAAGUGUUGCUCUGAUUAAACCAUAAACUGUUGACUUAC